CAGUCUUGCUUUUCAUCGAGAGCUGUGAGGACACGUACUUCCAGUGAGUCAGGUCAUGAGAACAAUCAUAAAGUGCUUUUAGAAUCAAUUACAGAUCAUUAAAAGUUCCAAGCAUGGUAUUUCCUCCACCACCUGCUCAUCUUCACACAAGGAUCGUGCUGUUGGGAAAGACCGGUGUUGGGAAGAGUGCUACAGGAAACACCAUCCUGGGAGAGAGAAAAUUCAGAUCUGAGCUCAGUCGAUCCUCUGUAACAUUAACAUCUGAGAUUCAGCAUGCAGUGGUUUCAGGGAGGAACAUCUCUGUGAUUGACACACCAGGGUUAUUCAACAUAGAACUGACUGAAACACAGUUAUCUGAGGAGAUAGAGAGGAGUAUUUCUCUGUCUAGACCAGGACCUCAUGCUUUUCUUUAUAUUCUGCCUCUUAGUGUCAGGUUCACUACACAAGAGGAAGAUGUUUUGCAGAAAUUAGAGGAGAUUUUUGGUAAAGAACUGCGCAAACACACAAUCAUUGUCUUCACCUAUGGAGAUUUGUUACAGGGGGAAUCUGUGGAUGUGAUCAUUCAGGAGAACAGUUGUCUCAGACGAUUAGUUAAACAGUAUGGAGGUAGAUAUCACGUCAUGAACAAUAAUCAGAGAGAGGAACGACAAGUUACUGACCUCCUGAAGAAGAUAGACAGAAUCACUCAGCAAAAUGGAGGAAUGCACUACACCAAUGAGAUGCUUGAGAAAGCAAAAGAGUUAAAAUUUCAUGAAAAGUUUUACCAGCAAUUAAAGAAUCUUUUGGUUAUAGCUGCUCGUGUGGUGGGUGGAGCUGUCUUUGGAGCCUCAGUAGGAGUUCUUGUAUGUGCAGUCGAUGGUGCUCUUGCUGGUGCACGAAUUGGUGCAGUUGUUAGUACAGUGGUGGCGGUAGGUAAGCAUCUACUAUGAAAUGAACAGGAAAGUCGAGCUGCAGCACCCAGUGGAGAUGAAGAGGGCUCUGUACCAAAUACAGAUAAUAAAAAACUAAACUAAACUAUAAGACUGUAAUUGGUGAACUUGCUUUCCAGUGCUCUUAAACAAUGUUUAAGAUCAGGACGAAUUUAGAGAAAUCUCUAAGGGCCAAAUUUAGUCACAGCUGCUUAAGUGGAU